CCUCCCGGCUCCGUAGUAAUCAUGGCGGCGGCGGCGUUCGCGGUCCCUCGGGUGAAACAGAAAGCGGGAGCUACGCGGAGAGGGAGUGAAGAGCGGGGCUGAGGCGGCGGGCGCCGUCACUGCCGGGAAAAACAACCCCCAACAAUCAGCGCCGCGGCGGCCGCGGGAGCCCGGCCCUCCGCCAAAGGUAGUGAGGGGAGGGGACGAUCCGGAGCCCCGCCGGGGAGACGCCAGGGGAUCCGCCUUCCUUCGCCUCGGAGCGGCGGGACUCGAAGAGUUGGAGGGCUGUCCGGUGUAUCGAUGCCUUAUUGAUAAUGGCAGAACACCCGCCAUUGCUAGAUACAACUCAGAUUUUAAGCAGCGACAUCUCCCUUCUGUCUGCCCCGAUUGUAAGUGCAGAUGGAACACAACAGGUUAUUCUGGUCCAAGUUAAUCCAGGGGAAGCAUUUACAAUACGAAGAGAAGAUGGCCAGUUUCAGUGCAUUACAGGUCCUGCUCAGGUUCCAAUGAUGUCCCCAAAUGGUUCUGUGCCUCCUAUAUAUGUGCCUCCUGGAUAUGCCCCACAGGUUAUUGAAGACAAUGGUGUUCGGAGAGUCGUUGUGGUUCCACAGUCACCGGAGUUUCAUCCUGGUGGCCACGCAGUUAUCCAUCGCUCCCCACAUCCUCCUCUGCCUGGUUUCAUUCCUGUCCCAACCAUGAUGGCCCCCCCACCACGCCAUAUGUACUCACCAGUGACUGGAGCUGGAGACAUGGCAACACAGUAUAUGCCACAGUAUCAGUCUUCACAAGUGUAUGCAGAUGUAGAUGCCCACUCUACACAUGGCAGGUCCAACUUUAGAGAUGAAAGAUCUAGUAAAACAUAUGAACGUUUGCAGAAAAAAUUAAAGGAUCGCCAAGGCACACAGAAAGAUAAAAUGAGCAGUCCGCCGCCAUCACCUCAGAAAUGCCCUUCUCCUAUAAGCGAACACAAUGGACUCAUAAAGGGGCAGAGUGCCGGUGGUCUGAACACGGGAGCGGCAAGAAAUAAGUCGGGGCGAGGGAAAGGUUGUACGCAAAUUGAUCCAGAAGUAGAAGAAAAAGAUGAAGAAACUAAAGCAUUUGAAGCAUUUCUUUCCAACAUAGUCAAACCAGUGGCCUCCGACAUCCAGGCAAGGACAGUUCUGCUAACCUGGUCACCUCCCUCCAGCUUCGUCAAUGGUGAAGUGACUGAGACAGCGGUGCCAGAGCUCUGCACUUACGAAAUCCUGGUGUCCAGCACGGGGAAGGAAGGCAAAUACAGGAGUGUUUAUGUAGGAGAAGAAACAAGUGUCACUUUAAAUGAUCUGAAACCAGCCACAGAUUACCAUGCAAAAGUGCAGGCAGAGUCCAAUUCGAUAAAGGGAAUUCCUUCAGAAGCUGAAAGCUUUACUACCUUGAGCUGUGAGCCUGAUACACCCAGUUCACCCAGGAUAGCCAACCGGACCAAAAACUCGCUCACCUUGCAGUGGAAGGCACCUAGUGACAAUGGUUCUAAAAUCCAAAGCUUUAUUUUAGAAUGGGAUGAGGGGAAAGGAAAUGGAGAAUUCUGUCAGUGUUACAUGGGCUCACAGAAGCAAUUUAAAAUUACCAAACUGUCACCAGCAAUGGGUUGUAAAUUUAGAUUAUCAGCCAAAAAUGACUAUGGUGUAAGUGCUUUCAGUGAAGAGGUCUUGUACUACACCUCAGGCUGUGCCCCCUCCGUCCCUGCAAGUCCUACGCUGACCAAGGCUGGAGUUACGUGGCUGUCCCUACAGUGGACUAAGCCCUCAGGAACACCAUCGGAUGAAGGAAUUUCUUACAUUUUAGAGAUGGAGGAGGAAACAUCCGGGUAUGGUUUUAAGCCUAAAUAUGAUGGAGAAGAUCUUGCUUACACAGUGAAAAAUCUGAAACGUAGUACAAAGUAUAAAUUUAAGGUCAUUGCUUAUAACUCGGAAGGUAAAAGCAACCCUAGUGAAGUAGUGGAGUUUAGUACCUGCCCUGAUAAACCAGGAGUCCCAGUGAAGCCUUCGGUGAAAGGGAAGAUACACUCACACGGCUUUAAGAUUACCUGGGAUCCACCAAAAGACAAUGGAGGGGCGCCCAUCAAUAAGUACGUAGUGGAGAUGGCGGAAGGUUCUAAUGGGAACAAGUGGGAUAUGAUCUACAGUGGCGCCACCAGGGACCAUCUCUGUGACCGGCUGAAUCCAGGCUGCUACUACCGCUUGCGGGUUUACUGCAUUAGUGAUGGAGGGCAGAGUGCGGUCUCUGAAUCUUUGCUUGUGCAGACUCCAGCCGUGCCUCCUGGCCCGUGCCUGCCUCCCAGGUUGCAGGGUAGACCUAAAGCGAAAGAAGUACAGUUACGAUGGGGACCUCCGAUGAUUGAUGGUGGAGCACCCACUUCCUGUUACACAGUAGAAAUGACUCCCGCAGAUAAAGAUGAGCCCAGAGAUGUCUAUCAAGGCUCUGAAGUAGAGUGUACGGUGAGCAGCCUUCUUCCCGGGAAGACGUACAGCUUCAGACUUCGUGCAGGAAACAGGAUGGGGUUUGGACCGUUUUCAGAAAAAUAUGAUAUCACUACAGCUCCUGGGCCACCAGACCAAUGCAGACCCCCUCAAGUGACAUGCAGAUCUGCAACUUGUGCGCAAGUCAGUUGGGAGAUUCCUUUGAGUAACGGAACUGACGUCACUGAGUACCGGCUGGAAUGGGGAGGAGUUGAAGGAAGUAUGCAGAUUUGUUACUGUGGGCCUGGCCUCAGCUGUGAACUAAAAGGACUUUCACCAGCUACCACCUAUUACUGCAGAGUUCAGGCUAUGAGUGUUGUGGGUGCAGGUCCUUUCAGUGAAGUCGUAGCCUGUGUGACUCCACCAUCAGUUCCUGCCAUUGUGACUUGUCUUCAAGAAAUAAGUGAUGAUGAGAUAGAAAGUCCCCAUUACUCACCUUCUACCUGCCUUGCAAUUAGCUGGGAAGAGCCUUAUGACCAUGGUUCAGAAAUCCUUGCCUACAGCAUAGACCUCGGAGAUAAGCAGCCUUUGACAGUGGGGAAGAGGACAAGCUAUAUCAUAGACAGUUUGCAACCGGAUACAAUGUACAGAAUACGAAUUCAAGCUUUGAAUAGCCUUGGAGCUGGUCCUUUCAGCCAUACGAUUAAGUUGAAAACUAAGCCCCUUCCUCCCGAUCCACCUCGGCUGGAAUGUGUUGCCUUUAACCACCAGAACCUUAAGCUUAAAUGGGGAGAAGGAACUCCGAAGACGCUGUCCACAGAUGCUGUUCAGUACCACCUUCAGAUGGAGGAUAAGAAUGGAAGGUUUGUCUCCCUGUACAGAGGGCCUUGUCAUACGUACAAAGUGCAAAGGCUCAGUGAGUCCACAUCCUACAAGUUCUGCAUUCAGGCCUGUAAUGAAGCUGGGGAAGGCCCUCUCUCCCAGGAGUAUGUGUUCACCACUCCAAAAUCUGUCCCUGCUGCCUUGAAAGCCCCCAAAAUAGAGAAAAUAAGUGAUCACGUUUGUGAAAUUACAUGGGAAUAUUUACAGCCAAUGAAAGGUGACCCAGUUAUUUAUAAUCUCCAAGUUAUGGUGGGAAAAGAUUCAGAAUUCAAACAGAUUUACAAGGGCCCUGAUACUUCAUUCCGGCAUUCUAGCCUUCAGCUGAACUGUGAGUAUCGAUUUCGUGUGUGUGCCAUUCGCCAAUGCCAAGACCCUGUGGCGCACCAGGACCUGGUAGGUCCCUACAGCACCACAGUGUUCUUCAUCUCCCAGAGGGCAGAACCUCCAGCCAGCACCAACAGAGACACUGUGGACAGUGCGCGGAGCCAGCGCACUCUCAGUGACGAGCAGUGUGCCGCCCUCAUCCUGGUGGUGUUUGCUGUUUUUUCCAUUCUGAUUGCCUUUAUCAUUCAGUACUUUGUAAUCAAGUGAAAAUACAACUUUAUUUUUAACACUGUAUUACAUUUUAUUUUGUCAUGUACUAAAAUUAUUUCUGUAUUUGCUUUUACAAAAUGGUGGCAUUUAGCACUGGCAUUGAGAGUAUAUAUUGAAACAUGGUUUUGGCAUUUUCUGUGCUUAGUUAGGCAAAGGCUGGCACUUAAUGAGAAUUCAGCCACUCAAACAUUGGUCUGGGGAGGAGGGCUGUUGCUUUUGUUCUCAGCAUGGUACUUCCCCCCCCCCCUUUUUUUUUCAUUUU